AUGGAUCCAGAUGAUCAGUUCGGAACAAAAAAAACGAUGCUGAAAUUAGGAUUGGCCGCUGAUUACUACGCCGUCGUAUGCCCCACGAUCGCACGUCACUACAUAAAACGAGCCAGCGAACUGCACAGUUUAGCAGGUUGGAAAGAGAAACCAACAAUGAAAUUCUGCCCAAACUGUGCAACCGUCUGGAGAUGCGACAACGUAAAAAUAGCCUUCAAACCACGAAUAAAAGUUAACCAAAGAUUAAAAAAGUUACUUGAGAGAUCAGAAAGAAAUAAACCAUUGAGCAAGCUGCAAUCAAAGUAUGUCUCUUUAUACAAAGAAGGCAUGAAUAGAAUGGUCUACGAAUGUUUGGUCUGUAGCAAGAAAUCUAUUCAAAAAGUUGUAGGCAGACCAAAAAAGUCAAAACAAGUCAAACCUGGUGAGAAGAAAUUAGAACCUUCUAACCCAACGAAAAAUGGUACAAAGAAGAUGAAAAUUGACAACACCCUAGACAAAAAAGUCACAAACACAAAAAAGAAACAGGCCCCGAAGAAAAGAUCGCUUCUCGAGUGUCUCAUGAAUGACAGAUAUAAUUUUCAGCAGCUCAUUAUAAACUAA